CGGAUCAGCAACAUCGCAUACUCGAUCUCUCUCCGCAAGCAAUUGGUUGACUAUGACCGGGUUUAGAGGCCUCGAUAUACUGGAUCGGUCGCAUGGCUAGCAUACUGUACUGAGUUUCUGCCGUGUGAAAGUGUUUCGGAGAAAACACGUUGUUUUACCCAGCCAAUCUUUAUCUAAUACGAUACCCAAACUCGCCAUUAGCUUUUUAUCUACCUAAUCUGUGCUCUUCUUAUCUGGUCUUAUAUUGAAUCGACCUUGACGACAGUUAUUACUUGGGAGAAUACAAGCUACUGGGACCUAGUCAGACCCAAUCAUGGCAGAAGGCGAACCAUCAUACAUUGACUAUGAGGUCUUCUUGGACCCCGACUUCUCUCCCGCCUCCUUUGCCAACUCAUUGGUCGUAGCAACCAACAAUGCGACAGAUACACCGCUAGAUCUGUCAACCCCGCUGUCACGGGUGCUCUUCGAUCUACAAGAGAUCGACACGCAUAUUCACACGCUGACCACCAAGUCUGCCCUCCCCUUGCUGACGCACACGCGGGAUCAAACCGCCGCGGCAGGCCACAUCCUCAAGGAAGCAGAGGAACAGGUCUCCUCCGUGACCCAGGGGUACGAGCGGCUGGAGAAAGAGGUCCUACGGAAGUGGGAAGCUGCCGACGAGGUGAGGAUAGCUACAGAGAAGUCGCUCGCUACCGUGCGGCUCGCAAGAGCAGUUGCGCGCUGUCUCACUCUCGGCAGACAGCUGGAAGGCCAGCUUGCUGAGGUUACUGGCCGUAGUGAUGGAACGGCGUCCCCAUCUCCGGGUAGAGAUGAUUACCGCGCUCUGGAACGCGCAGCGUCUACGAUCGUGAGUCUCCGUCGGAUGUUCACGGUCACGGGUCCAGGAGAGGAAGGUCACGGACUAGACAAAGUCAAGGUCAUCCGGACUCUACGGAGCGAACUGCUCAUCCCGGCCGAAAACAUGGUGAAAUCGAGAGCGCAGCAGGCGAUCAAUCGGUUCACCAUGUCUGCCCAGUCAGGCUACAAACAAGCUCGCGAUGCACGAGCACGACUCAGCUCCGCCACCACAAUCCUGUACCUCCUCUCUCCGAUCCCCAAGGACCUAUCUUCGGCAUUGGACUUCCAACCCGAGCUCCUCCUCUCCACUUUGCAAGGCUACGUGCACACAGCCAUCAUGUCGUCCCUGAACGCCCUAUCCCGGUCCCUGUCCAUGCUGCCCACGCUCGAAAAAACCCUCGCCGAGAUCUCGGCCAAAUGUCAGGAUCUCUUUGCGCUGGAAUCUAUCCUCGCUGGCCUUCGACCGCCAUUACAUCCACUUUUCCCCCCAGCUCCUACCCCCGAGACCCAGCCACAGGGUGGUAAUAAAAAUAACCUCCUGCAACCACUGCUCAGCGCCCUCGACGCAUCUUCCCUCCCAUCCCACUUCUGGCGCUCCCUCGCUUCGUCCCUCACCUCGCGCGUCCAGGAGAUUAUCAACCGUGGCGGUGUCUCAGCAAGGACCCUCCGAUCUAACCGGGACCGCCUUAAGAAGGACAUCAAAGAGUGUGUUCUCCGGGGAUCUCAACUCCCAGCAUCGACCGACAAAGGACGGAUGGGAAUCGAGUCCGGAACGAAAGGAAACUGGGAACGAGAAGCAGCGGUGAUGGUUAGUGCCGUGGCCAGUAUCCUAGACAGAUAAGGCUGUCUUAUUUAAAAAAAAAAAAAAAAAAAC